CUUUUUGCGUUCCGCCUUAUAAAGGCUUGUUCGUUUUGUUGUUGACUAAGGAGUAUAAACGUCAUUUUGAUAGUUUAGUUUCUGUUAUGUAUUGUUUUCUCGCCGAUUUACAUCAUUACAAUUUUAUGUCAUAGGCUGUACAAAUGAACACCUCAAGUGAUCUUUCAAAACACGAAAGUUCACCGGAAUGUGACAGAAUGGACAUCAGUGAGACCUCAGAGAUGUCUACACCCAGCGAGCACGGACAUGUUCUACUGGACAACCAAAUCUCACUAGCCCAGGAGAACACCCCGGUACCAGCCAAACGACUCAGCCUUACAGCUUCUAAAGUGCAGAACGGCAUCACCAGAGUCUGUCAGCCGGUGGAUAGCCAUCCUCUGGACAAUCUGGACAACGCCUUGGUCAAGGAUAUUUCUGUCAGCCUAGAAAGUCUCAAUCUGGACCUUCCAACAUUAGAGAAUUACAUUGACGAACCUAUAGACUUCCCAAGCAGCCCUAAGGCACUGAGGCAGACUUUGGAAGCGUCAGGAAUAAGCUUACCUCAAGAGCUGGAUUCUGGAGCAACCGGAUUCAGUGAUGAAGAGGAAGAAGACCAUUCCAUCUUCCAAGCAGUUCUGUCACCAGAUUGCCAAGACGUCCGGUUGAAGCGAGAACCACCGUCAAGGUUAAGUGUGAAAAAGAGAAGAAUACCACUUCCCAAGGAGAUUCUAAACGGUUUGGAUGACGAUCAGAUUUCCAGCGUCAUCUCGGAUGAGGACAUCGACGAGUUGUUAAGUCCGGGAAUGGACUCACCAGACGAGUUGGAAGAUUCUAUUCUGGAGCAGCUCGAUAACUCUCCGACAGUGGAACCAAUUCCAGAGCUCACAGCCGAGGAGGAACGGGUCGAAUCGCGGAACUGGCAAAGAUGUAAUGUCGCCGGGGUUGAACGUAGAAUAGACAUGAAAGUCAUCGAACCAUAUAAAUGUGUUUUGUCUCACGGAGGCUACCUGAAUGCAGGAUCGCACAAUGCCAUAAUCGUCUUUAGUGCUUGUUUUCUUCCACACCACGGUCGAGUCGAUUACAGCUACGUAAUGGACAAUCUGUUCCUCUAUGUUCUGUCAACUCUCGACCAGCUCAUCACGGAAGACUACGUCCUGGUCUAUUUGCAUGGUGGGACGGCCAAGGACUGCAUGCCGACUUUCUCCUGGCUGAAACGCUGCUACCAGAUGAUCGAUCGGAGACUCCGCAAGAACCUGAAGCGGCUUUAUCUCGUCCACCCGACGUUCUGGCUGAAGACUAUUGUUCUAAUGACCAAACCUUUCAUCAGCACAAAGUUCAGCAAGAAACUGCACUUCAUCAACAGCCUGGCAGAACUGCUGGAACUGUUACCUCUGGAGCAGGCGAGCAUCCCGGACCGCGUCAAGAAGUACGACCAGAUAAAACAGUCGUUGGUGGAACCUGUCGCACAAUGAAGUCAACGGAGUUGAAUUUGUCGUACCUGCCUUUGUCGCCGUGAUAGCGCUGCGCUGAAUGACUUUGAACAUUCCGGAACCAAAGUAAUCUCAUUAAUGAAAAUAAUAAUAGUCUAGUAAUAAGCCAAAACAUUCCACUCAUUUUGUUGGUCUUUCAAAACCGCUGAAUCUCAAACUAUUUAGUCUGUUGUGUUUCGUCCAAACAGAAACAGUACUGUAGGAACUGCUCACUGGAGGUCUGAUAACACGUAAUUGCUGAAUCAAACCGAACUAGUCAUUCAAUAUUUUUGUAUAUAAAUCAGAGAUUCAAAUAAUGUAGGAGUGGGGCUGUAGGUUUAUUGUUACCAUAGGAUUUGUGACCAUUAGGCAAUUUUUUAAUCACAGCUUUUUCAAUGAAUUUAUAUUUUUAAUGGUAAAAAUAUUACGGUUCUGCAAUAAAGUUUUAGUUUAGGAUUUAGUACUUAUUGUCGUUUGUAUUUUGGUUUGAUGUAAUAAUUUGUCUAUUUAAGUUAGUUAUCUUGAUCUCACUUGGUGAUUAUUUAUUUGUACAUGUUUUAGUCGUUUAAUUUCUGUUGAAUCUCAUUUUACAACAUUUGUGUAUGUGAAGAUUGUGUGUUUUUUAACUUAUUUUAAGUCAUACUUCUUUGCAUCAUAGAGGAAAUCAUCAGUUUAUAUUUACAGCUAUUAUAUUUUGAAUUGUGAGGUAUUUUUUCAAAUGUUCAGCAAUUAAGAUCAAUAUUAAACAUAAUUUCUCCACCUAAUUUGAAUCAGUUACAUGAAUGUAUAUAUCCUGAACACCAAUACAGUUGUUCCAAUAAUUUCAGCUACCUGUCUCAUUAGGUAUUUUCAAAAAUUCAUGUUCCUAAUUUGUAUUGUGAAAGAGUAAGAUAUCUUAAUCAUAUAUGUUUAUGGAUAUUUAACAGUAUUUUCAUAUUUAUAUUUUCAACAUUUCACUUUUGUGUUGAGGGUUUCUCUAGUUUUUAUACAUGUUUUAUUAUCAUUUUGUUUUUAUUCAUUUUCAAUUGUCACUGCUGGUAAUUGAAAUACAGUUUAAUGUUUUAAAAGUAAAACUUCCAUAUUUAUUUAUUUCUUGUGUUUUAAUAUUUUGUUUAAAAACAAACACUUUGCUGCACAAAAUCAUAUAAGCUUGCUUUCUAAUAAUUUAAUUAUUCUGAAAUGAAAGUUGGUUUAAGGCAAUAUUAUAAGGUGCAUAAAAUAUCUGAAGUAACAUCCAAUACUUUACAUUUUGGAGGAUUUUCAGUCGUGUAAAAACAAAAAUUGUUUGUUCUCGGUUAAUCCCCAAAUGAAUUCGACUUGUUAUUUUCAUCUUAUACCAAACUGUUCUAGAGUAUGUUUUUAAAUGGCACACACGCUUAUGUAGAUAAUAUUAGCCAUAGGCAAUGAGCUGCAACCACUUAGUUAUGUGCCAUUAGUCAACCCAUUGCCUUGCCGUGCAAACUACUUUGUCUCAAAAUGUAUAGUCAGUUACAUGUCAUAAUAGACUAUAUUUUUACUGUCUUGUAUUUUAUUACAGUAUUUUUUCUCAUGAGAGUGUAAUAUAAUACAUAGAGCAAUAUUUAUUUAUGGUUGUUAAAACCUGUCUGGUAAUGAAGGGUUUGUAAACUUAUAGAUUAAUAAAAUAAUAUCAAUCUUG